UUGCGUACGAGCGGGAGAAGGGCUUCCAUUUGGAUAUUGAAGAUUAUCUCUCGGGGGUGCUGAAUCUGGCUAAUGAGCUGUCCAGAUUGGCCGUAAACAGCGUCAUUGCGGGAGAUUAUUCCCGCCCCCUCCGCAUCGCCUCCUUCAUCAACGAGUUGGACUUCGGCUUCCGACUGCUGAACCUGAAGAACGACUCCCUGCGCAAGCGCUACGAUGGGCUCAAGUACGACGUCAAGAAGAUCGAGGAGGUGGUCUAUGAUCUGUCUAUCCGGGGUCUCAGCAAGGAGGAGCCGGCCCCUGCCCAGGGGAAGUAACGGACCUUCUAAGGGUUAAUGUUUGUAUAAAUGGGUCGGCGGGAGGCAGCCUCAGCUGAGGACGUGAUUGGCUGGAUUGGCGCUGCCCAAUGUUUAUUUUCUUUGUUGUGGUUGGUCGGACAGACGCUCUCAACAGGACUCCCCUAUCUUUGUGUUUGGAUUUUCUGUGAGAAUCUCUACAUUUCCACCCCCCCCUCCCUUCCCAUUUACAGCCCUUACUGCCUGUGGGGUAAAUACACCAAGUCAGGGUCGUCAUGAUUUAUAACUGCCCCCCCCCCCCAUCCCUGUGCCAGGUGCUCCCCAACGGUUUUGUGUCUCUUUGACCCCCCCCCCGGGGGUGAGACCGUUCCAGACUGGCUCUGCACUGUAUGUGGAAUUAGCAUCCUGGGCAGAAUGGGCCUUGGGGGGGGCUAUUGUUCUAGGCAACAGGGACUGUAAAUCCUAUGUUCCUUGUUACCUGAUUGCAGUUGCACGGUGCUAUAUUUAAAAUAAACCCACCCUACAGGUGUCAGUAGGGGGCUGUGA